AUGAAAGCCUCCAAGAUUCUUACGAAUGAUAUCACUUGGUUCAGUCAAGUUCUCAGAAAGUCGCUACUGGCCCCUGAACAGGAUCUGAGAUUGUAUACCAUUGACGAGAACACGAAUAACACAUUUGGUUGGGUCUAUGAUCACCCAGACAUCAAUAUGUCUUCGUGGCUUCUAAAAGGGGAAGGUAUUUUCCGGCUGAGCGGGAAGUCUGGCUCUGGAAAGUCCACCAUGAUGAAGUUCAUUUGGAAUGACCCCCGUACCUAUGAGCUUCUUCACCCUUGGGGAUCAAAACACCAGCAGAUUCUUAUCAACUUUUUCUUUCAUCAUCGGGGAUCUGCCAUUCAAAAGUCAUUUGAGGGUCUCAUCCAGAGCAUUCUAUUCCAAAUCAUCGGCAAAGAGCCUCAACUCUGCACCUUAUUAGAGGGGAUUGUCGAGAAAACAUUACCGGAAAAUCUUGCUGCCUGGAGGGAAUCAGCAGUUCGCGCCGAAUCAGAAGAAGUUCGUGCCGAGUUGAAAGAAAAUCGCCCCGGUUCGGAAGAUGACGUCGAGUUGGAAGACGGCGAGCUAGAGUUGCCUGCGAGGCUUUGGACAAGGAGGGCAUUGGAAGAGUCCUUGUACGCUCUCCUGCUUCAAGAUAAGAUCGACCUCGACCUUUUUCUUCUUCCUGACGCGCUCGAUGAGUAUGAUGGACGGCCUGAGUUCAUCGCCGAUUUCUCAAAACGAAUGAUUGACGCUUCGUCACGGACGCGGGUCCGAAUUUUGUUUUCCAGCCGGCCGUGGAAAUUGUUCCAGGAUGAAUUUGAUUCAUGCCCUGGCUUCAAGAUUCAUGAGCACACGGAAGAUGAUAUCCUAAAGUAUGCCGUGGAGUCCGUGCCGCCUAGCGCAGAAGUGCUGCUUGGAUUAACAGAACAAAUCGUGUAUCGAUCACAGGGCGUUUUUCUCUGGGUCAAGCUGGUCAUGCGUCAGCUGUCAUCAGUUGUGGCUGAACCAUUUCAAGAGAAUGCUGAUGGCCGAGGACUGAGUUUCAGAUUGGAAAAGAAGCUGAAAGAACUACCGGACCAACUAGAUGAGUUCUACUACACAAUUGUGGAAAGAAGACCCGAUGUGUUCCGAUGGGAUACAUAUGUUUUGCUUGAAUGCAUGGUCCGGUCCCACUAUAAUUUGAACGUUGAGGAAGCGAUAAGAAUCUUGGAUCUGUCUAAAGAAGCAACUUCUGUAGAUUGGGGCAAAUAUCUGGACUGGCACAAGGAUGUCCCCAAAAUUGAGCUUGCGAAAGGAAUCCACCAGCUAAAAGCGAUCUCGGGAGGUCUUCUCGAAAUAUCCGAACCCAACAUGAAACGGUUUGAUGGUAUGGUCAACUGGUAUAAUCUACUUUCUUUUUUGCCAAUCAUCCAGUUUAUGCACCAGACGGUUCAAGAAUUCGUUCAGGAACCCCGGUUUCGGCAUGCAAUACUUGGCGUCCGCGGGAAAACAACCAAUGCUAAUGAUCAUUCCUUCAUGGCGGAGUACUUGUUCCAUCAGACUUAUUACGCAGGAGCACGUCUUCAUGAGACAGAACAAGAGAUGACGGAACGGCUAAUUCUAUUAUUUUUCCAUGCAAGAGAAGCAGAAAAAACAAACGGAACUAGCCAGCUCUUCCUCAUUAGGGAUAGAACACUCGAGGAUUGGACCCCGUUGAAAUUUUGUGUCGCAGCCGGGUUACGUUUGCUCUUGAGGGAAAUUCUGCAGCAACAUGCAGAUGCUAUUUUCAAAUGCAAAGGUGGCCUUCUUCCAACAAUAUUGCUCUCCCUAAAGAGACGAUAUCUGAAGCCCGCGGACGCCAUUCAAAUGAUAGUUGAUAUUGUGGAACAUGGAUAUAGAAUGGAAAGGGAUUGGGAUAGUAUGCAUGAACUCUUCGUCAAGAUUUGGGAAAACCGCCUUUCCAAUGUUACGGAUGCAUCGGACGAGGGCGUUUGUAGCCGCAGAGAUUACAUCACCAUAACAUCAGAAGCCCUUAAGGGAUUUACGGACAAAACCAUUCUAUUCCGAAAGCAAGACACCCAGCUUUCAUUGAUUCACAAAUGCCCACCAGAGUUCAUGAGACAACUUUUGGCGUUAGGCGUGAACCCUAAGUCUAGUGGUCAUGGCCAUGCAGGUGGUCACGCAGUACUGGAUUCUUUUAUUCUUAUUAUCUCUCCUAUCAACACAGUCUUUAUCAACUCUGCCAUAUAUGAUGCUUUCAGGGCCCUAAUCGAGCACGGGGCCGUCCUGCACACGACGAAGCGCCGGAUAUGGGAAGGUCUAACUCUGAAGUUUGCUGACCGUGGCUACGACAUGAGCUUUCUGCCAGAGCACCUUGACUUAAAAUCUUCGCAUCUACGCAGUUUGAUAACAAAAAGAAUGCCACCGUCAAAUUCCGUGCCAGUUAUGCCCACUGAGCAAGGAAAAGGUAUUGCACAGCCCGCAAGAUCCCGCUUCUCUGAAAAGUGGAAAAGACUGUCAACUUCGCUCCAAAAGGCUACAAUCAGGCGCAGCGACAAGGAGAAGAAGGUCAAAGCCUCCGCGACCGGCAUAGAUAGCGAGACCACAAACCUCCUAUAG